AUGCCUGAUUGUUCAAAUAGCGAAGCUUUACCAUUUGGAGGAAAGGUAAUUGUAUUUGGUGGUGACUUUAGACAAAUUCUUCCUGUUGUUCCAAAUGGCUCUAGACAAGAUAUCGUGAAUGCUUCACUGAGUUCGUCAUAUAUAUGGAAUAACUGCAAGUUACUAAUGCUAACAAAAAACAUGAGGCUUACUGUUGGCAUGAAUGAUGGUGAUAUUGACAAGACGAAACAGAUUGCUAAAUGGCUUUUGGAUAUUGGCGAGGGAAAACUUGGUGGUCGCAACGACGGGGAAGCUGUUAUUGAUAUACCUCAAGAACUGUUGAUUACUGGUUCGACUAACCCUAUCGGUAGUCUGAUCAACUUUGUGUAUCCUUUGAUACUUGAAUCGUUCAAUGAUCCAAAUUAUUUUCAAGAAAGAGCCAUACUUGCUCCAAAGAACGACGUUGUUCACGAGAUAAAUGAUACCUUAUUAGCAAUGUUUCCUGGUGAUCAUAAAGAGUAUCUAAGUUCAGAUUCUAUCUGCCAAUCUGAGAAUAAAAACGGUCUGUGCAAUGGUACAAGAUUACAAGUCGUUAGACUUGGUGAUCGGAUUAUUGAAGCAAAAGUUAUUUCUGGUAAUAAUAUUGGGACUAGAACUUUUAUUCCAAGGAUCAAUCUUUCCCCCUCUGACAAACGAAUACCUUUCAAGCUUCAAAGAAGGCAAUUCCCGAUAGCUGUGUGUUUUGCAAUGGCGAUAAAUAAAAGCCAAGGACAGUCAUUAUCGAAGGUUGGUUUGUUUCUAAAGCAGCCUGUUUUCACUCACGGACAUCUAUAUGUUGCAGCUUCGAGAGUCAAAAGCAUGGAUGGUUUAAGGAUGUUAAUAUUAGACGCUGAUGGGAACGUUACUAAUAAAACUACAAAUGUCGUGUACAAAGAGAUAUUCUCAAAUUUAUAG